AUGCAUUGUAAAACUAUUGGAGAUGAAGAAAUUUCGGUUGCUAAAGUUUAUGGAAUUACACAUGACCCAGAAACAAAAAAUUACAUGAUGGUUUUGGAAUAUGCAGAGAAUGGAAGUUUAAGAACUUAUUUGGAUAAAAAUCGUUAUGAAUUAACUUGGAGUGCUAAGCUAGUAAAUUUAUGGCAUAUUACACUAGGACUUAAGAGUAUUCAUGAAAAAGAACUAAUUCAUCGAGAUUUACAUAUUGGAAAUAUACUUAGUUUUGGAUCUCAAGUUACAGUAACUGAUAUGGGAUUAUGUAAACCUGCAGAUUAUAAUGCAUCGGAAAAUACAAAAAAUAGUAUAUAUGGUGUUUUACCUUAUAUUGCUCCUGAAGUUUUAAGAGGACAAAAUUAUACUAAAGCUGCUGAUAUUUAUAGUUUUGGUAUAAUUAUGUAUGAAGUAAUUUCUGGAUUACCUCCAUACCAUGAUGUAAGCCAUGACAAAAAUUUAGCAAUAAAAAUUUGUCAAGGACUUAGACCAAGAUUUAUUAAUAUUAAAGUACCUCAAUUAAUUGUGAAUUUAAUCAAAAGAUGCUUGGAUGCAAAUCCAUUAAAUCGACCUACGGCAAAUGAAGUCGAAAAAGUUUUAUAUCAUUGGUAUUAUGAAUCCGGUGAUUUAGAAUCUGGACAUAUUGAUAAUGAAACAGAAUUAACAGCAUUACAAAAACAAAUUAGGGAAGCAGAAGAAAUCAACAAUAAUCUACCAACUGGCAGUAUACCUUUAAUUAAUUUAUCAUACAAAACACAUUCCAAAGCUGUUUAUACAAGUAGAUUACUUAGUUUUAAUAAUCUUUCAGUACCAAAAAAUUCAGAUGAUUAUUAUGAUGAACAAAAUGAUAAUAUAAUUAGUGAAAAUUUUUCAGAAUCUUUACAAAUUGAUAUUUCUCAAUUAACAAUUAAAGAUAAUGUUGCUACAUUAGAUAAUAUUAGUACCGGUUUUAAUUUUGGUUGGGAUUCAUUAUAUAUGGAAGUUCAAAAUUUAUAUACUUAUAAUCGUUAUAUGAAAAUAAUUUACAAAGAAGGUAAUACUUUUAUAAUUGAAGAAAUUGGGGCUUUUAUUGUAACUAUAGACCAAUAA